AGAUGGACGAAGACACAGACCACAAACUUCCUAACUUAAAAAUAUGUAUCGAGAAUACGGAAUCUGACGAUGAAAGACGCGAUCGGGUGGCUGUGUCUGAAGACGAAGAGCUUGAUUAUAAUGAAGAAGUCGAAAGCAGUGGAAGCUCUGAGGAGGAUAACGUGGAAUUUAAUGUCCGCUUGGGAAAUCGAAAAAAGUCUGGUGACAAAGGUUCUCGACUGGACUCAAAGCUACUAAAGACUCGUGAAGACAGUAGAGUGAUUAAAUCAAAGUCCGAGAGUGAAGAAGGGGAGAUAAAUGACUCGAGUGAUGAUUCCCCGGUGGAGUUUAAUGUCAGAUUGGGGGAACUGUCAAGCCAUUCAAGUAGACCAAAGGUCCAGCAGAAAUAUGAAAGUCCAUCAGAAGAUUUGAUCAUGAAAAAGUAUAACCCAAAACUUGACAGGGCAAGAAGACUUGGAUUGGAAAUAUCAAAAAGAGAUCCAUCUCUUAACCUCCAUGAGUUAUACAGAAGCUUGGGUCUAGAGGAAGACAAAAUAGAUGAAGAUCGUAGAGGAAUUCGUCUCGAGGCGAUUCAUUUCCGUGGCCUCAAAGACAUGAAUACUAAAGAUGUGUUUGAAUACUACAGAGAAUUUAAUCCUGGAGAUGUUGAAUGGAUUGAUGAUCAAUCAUGUAAUGUCGUUUGGCAGGACCCUCUUUACACUGCCAGAGCCAUGCUUAAACUCAGCAAGAGUUAUGACCAAGUCAAGCUAGGGGAUAGUCGGGCAGAAGAAACUUCAGACACAGAUAUGGGAAAAGACAAAACAAAACAGCCAAGAAAGAAGAAGUUCGUGAAGAAGCAAAAGAAGGACAGUAGCAGUUCUUCAUCUUCAUCUUCCUCCUCAAGUUCCUCUGAAGAUGAAGAGGAGACCUCAAAGAAGAAACAGGGCAGCAAGAAGCCAACAUCCUCAGCCAAAGCCAAAGAGUCUUCUAAAAAAGUGUCCAGUCAGAGUAAAAAAGAAGAGGUUUCCAAACCAGAGAAAAUGGAGGAAGAUGAUGAGGAUGAUUUUGUUCUAGAUUUGAUGGAUGAUGGAGACAAAAUAGAAAAGGGAAGCAAAGACAUGGAAGUCAGUGAAAAGAGGAAAAAGUCAGAAUCCUCAAAAGGAAGCAGUAAAAAAGAAAAGCCAUCAGACAAGAAAGCAAAGCCUUCAUCCUCCUUAAAGGAGAGACAGUCCAGAAAAGACCAGAGGUCCUCCAAACGAUCAAAUAAAGCCAAGGACUCCUCCAGCAGUAGUUCAUCAUCAUCAUCUUCAUCAUCAUCCAAUGGCUCAGGAUCAUCUUCAUCAUCCUCAUCAUCUUCCUCAAGUGGGUCCAGCAGUGACAGCAGCAGUAGUUCUUCCUCAUCACCAGAUGAAGAGAACAAAGAAAAGAAACAGAAAGUAAAGGUGGCAAAAGAUGACACAAGCAAGGCAGAGAAAGUCAAACCAACCAAAAGGACACCCCCAGAAAUUCCAUGGCCACCUGGAAAAUGGCGUCUUGGAAAGCCCUUAAAAAAGUCAAAGUAUCUCUUUCUGAGAUAUGCCAUGAAAACUGAUAAAAAGUUACAUAGCACAGAGAAAACAGGCAAGAUGUACCAGAAGAACAGAGGAACAAAUAACAGAGAUGAAAGAGGUUUGAUAAGCAAGUCCAGGAAGGAGAGUUUCCGCUCCAAACAGCUUCAGGAACAAACAGGGGAAGCAAAGACAGCCCUUAGUGCAAAGAGGUCGACCAUAAAGUACGACGAUGUAGAGGACAUCUUUGGUGAUGACACAGUUAAUGUUAGAAUGGAAACUGAUGAAAUUGAAGAAUUUGGUGCCAAGCCACAGAGUAAAAAGGAAAUUGAAGAAAGAUUACGAAGUAUACUUGGUGAGAAAAAUCCCAAAGUAAGGGAGCCUGAAAGUGAAGAAGAGGAUCUGCCCCCCAAGGAGGAGUCAGAUGAUGACCUUGACCUGACACUGACCACCAAGGCGGCUGAGGUGGAUGAGGAGGCGGCCCUGAUGGAGCAGGAACUAGACAUUUUGUUGGCCACUCCUCCGAGGAAGAGAACAAUGAGAAUGUACGCUGACGAUGUGGAAGAGGAGAAGAUUAGCAAAAGGGUGAAUAAAAGACAGAAGACAGAGGAGUCUCCAGAAUUGCUGCGACAAAGAGAACACUCCCCUGAACCACGACGCAGGAAAGACGCUAGGGACAGAAUCUCGGGAAAGUCAGUUGCCAUGUCAACAUCUUCUUCCUCUGGUGGAUCUGAUCUCCGCAACAAACUAAAAGCCAUCCGCAGAACACCGUACGACAAGCCUUCAUCUCAUGCCCGAUACCAGGGAGUGAGGGUGGAGGUUCGAGACUGAUGCUCCAAACUUUAAAAGUCUUGUGAGAAUGGUGUUUAAAUUCAGCUUAUUUUUAAUUACAGAGUCUCUAUAAGCUGAUAAUUUAUUGUGUUAAUGGAUUAGUAGUACCUUCCUUACAUGAUGUUGUGUUUAAGACAUUCUUGUUAUGUGUGCAUUGUCAUAUGUAUGUGAAGGUACAACUCUUUUAAGGGAAGGAAUUUCUUAUUUUUAUUUUUUUUUUUUGGUAUUUUUUAAAUCCAUAGUUUAACUUAACAUUCAGUUGAUCUGAUUGUUAUAUUUUAAUGUUUUAAUAUUUGUAAAUCUAAAAAAAUUGCUGAAAAGCAAAAAUAUUUAAAAGAGAUGGUGAAAGUUUGCUGUAGGAAAGGGUUUUUUUAAAGGAAGCUUGCAGCCUCAUGUUGUAUAAAAAGUGAUGUUUCAGUAUGUUUAUCAAAUCAUUGUGACUCACUUUGUCUCUGGCUACUGUGUGUGAAGUUACCAAAAUAAAAGCAAUUCAGAUACAUGUA